AUGGCCGCUCGAGUAGUGGAAGCUGCGUCUUCGAGCUCCAAGGUCACUGUGGAAUAUCAUGACCCAUCCGGCGUCUUCCCACUGGUAUCACGAAGCAUAGCGGAUCGUCUACCACUUCGCAAUCUCAACUGGCAGUCCCCAUCCAGACCUUUGCGCCAAAUCAGACAGCUCCACGUCGAGUUCGUCGCAGACAAGUACACCCAAACCAAUCUACGACCACCGAUUCAACGCUUCGACUCCACUGGACCUUCCUCAAGCUUCGAUAUACUCCGAGGAGGCAAGGACGACCGCAAAGAUGCGCCCAAGCAAAGACGGCACCAGAUUCCAGGGUUGAAGACCUCACCCUACCUCAAGAUUUAUAUUUUACGAUGUGACGACAAGGAUACGUAUAAGGAGACGGAGCGGAAACGGAUACGAGAGUGGAUUCGAGAGAAUACGCAGACGGAGGGAAAGAGAGGAGAGGAGCAUGAUGCGUUCGAGUGGAUGAUACUGCAUGUUGUCAUCCCGGACACAGUUGCUGCGAGCGAGCCACGAUGGCGAGAGUCGACAAGAGCGCCGGAUGAGUUGAAGGAGAGGAAGACGAGCAACAUCAAGAUUCCUGGUAAGAGCAAAGGCACCGUCUUCGACAGACUUCGAGCAGAUUUCAAUGAAUCCAGCAAGACGGGUCAGGACCGAGUCUCUCAGAUCCGAUUGCAGAAGAGCGAUGUCUCGCCGGACUUACUGCCAACCCCAGCUGUCGCCACAACGCUCGAGGAGACCCUACAGGAACGCGAACUGGCAUGGAAAGACCUCAUGGACAAAUUCAAGGUCAUGCUCCUCGGACCGUUCGAUACGCGCGUGCGGAAGUACGAAGCAGAUAUUGCUGAUCAGGAAGCACGACGAUCAUUACCGGGCUGGAACUUCUGCACUUUCUUCAUUCACAAAGAGGGUCUGGCCAAGGCGCUGGAGAGUAUCGGCCUGGUGGAGGAUGCAUUAGCGAUAUACGAUGAACUGUUGUUUGGACUAGAGACUGCGGUUCGGGAGCUGGCUUCUGGACAGGCUGAUGGGACUGCAACGAGAUUUGCGGCUUUCACGGAUGAUAUCGAGGCGAGGAUACUUGACAAAAAUGGGGUGAAUGGGAGUCACGACGAAGGAACGUUUCAUGUUGACUCGGAUUCUUCACGCCUGUUUGAUAAGGACUACCGCGAGAAGAUCGUGCGCAGCGAUAUCUCCGUAUUCGACUUCUUCUCGUACAUGUUCUCUCGCCAACAAGCGCUCAUCUUGCGGCUCGCCAAUACUCAUGCGGCGCGCGCUGAGAUGGGCGCGAGCUCGUUGAAGGAAGGCGGUGAGGAUUUAGUUCUGAUGUCUGAGGUGUGCUGGCGCGCAUCGACUUUCAUCCACAACAACGCUCGGACGUUACGGCAAGACUUGAUUGCCAGACGCGAUCAUACAGGAGAAUCAAUCCUUCCACGCGACAUGGCCUCGCUGGUCUGCUCCUGGAUGUAUGCCGUGGCUGAAUAUGUUCUCGCGGAGACAUCUGCGCCGGUGCUUGCACUUACUCAGGCUGAUGCGAAGCCCGUCGCAAACGGCUCGCCGUUCAAGCCCAAGCGAUCCGAGUUCGACUUCGCUACUGGAGCGAAUCCGUACCCACAACGCCAAAGCAGUCUCAUCACGAUACGCAAAUCUGCCCCUGAGUUGCGGCGGCCGGCUAGUGUGAUUGCUGAGAGCAUUGGCAGUCCGCCAGCGAGCGCGGGGAAAGAAAUUGCGGGUGGGCAGGGUGCUGAUAUUCCUGGUCUACCGGAACUUGCGAACUACCGGGCUGAGCUUGUUAUGAUGCAGCGAAAAGUGCUGGAACAGCUGGCUGAGAUUCGCGGGUGGCGGGCUGGUUGGUCGGCAUUGAAGGCUGAGUCUCAGGAUGUUGUUGAGGAGGUUGAUGUGGAUGAUGAUCAUGAAGCUGAGGAGGAGACAGAAGCGGUGGCCGCAGCUGAAAAGGAGGGAGAAGAUUCUGCAGUGUUGUCUGCAAUGCUAUCGAGUACGCUCGACUUGCAGCUACACACGGAAAAGACUUUCCGGACCGCCUUCGAGCAACUCUGCGACCAAGCUAUGCGCUACUAUGCUCUCGCUACCCAGACUAAAUCCGUGGAUGCCAUUGUUGGCGACCUCGCAAUGCUCAAGCGUCAGCAAGGCGACCUCACCAGUGCUGAGACUUUUCUGAAGCACUUACUGCCCGACCAUGAGACGGGCGGCUGGAACGAUACCGAGCAGCGUUUGUUGACCGUCUAUGCUGAUGUUCUGCGGCAGCUCGGGUCGAUGGAGGUGUAUCUUAAGACUAUGCUCAAGUGCUUGGGUAGGAUGGCGGGGGUGAGGUUGGCUAGUAAACAUCCAAUAAUGCUUGACUUUUCCGUAUCGUCCUUUGGCAGCGGUAGUGGUGUGGAUAUUUCGAUGCAGCGCGCGAUCGAAGCUUCUUCCGAUCUGGACAAGGAGCAGGCACUGUCUGUAGACGAUUUCUUCACGGACUUACGCCUGGAGCGAGACAUCACACACCUGGAGGAGAAGGAUGGCUUCGCGCUUCGUCUGCAUUUCCGGAGUGUCCUUGACGAAGAGUUCGCGAUCGACGAGAUCAGUCUACGUCUCGCAGGCAUCAAGGAUCCGAAACAAGACAUCAUACUUGUCAAUGGACGACCAGUAGGUAUACGGCAUGGGCUGAUGAAGCUGGAUCUCCUGUCGGAUACAACAUGCUUAGGCGCUUUCUCGGCUGAUCGACUCACAUUCCGAGCUGGGAAGUUGUGCUUCACGCAUGACUUUUCGAGGAAAAGAGAACCUGCCUUGCAGAUCAACGGCGAAGAUGUAUUGACAGCGCAGCGUCCUGCAUCUGACGAUAUGGUACCACUGGUGUUUUUGUACCCGGCGCAGCAAGCUUUCGACUGUCAGGUCACCUUGGCUAAGAAUAUAUAUCUUGAUAAGCCGCGGCAUAUACUUCUGACUCUCAGCAGCGGCUGGAACGAAAUCCAGGGUAUCACUGUGAAGGUCAAACCGACAUCUGCUGGUCUGCGAUUACAUCUAGCCACUGCGACUUUCGAGGGAAUUGCUCGUGACGACUCGACCGAGCAGAAGAGUGGACAUAUCUCGCUCUCCGAGCUUGCUCGAGAUGAGACUGCAGUGGUCAAAAUACCAUAUACGUGCGAGAGUGCAACAUCGGACAUUUCCAUUCGUCUGGAAGUGCGCUACGAGACCGCGCAAGGAUCUUUCUGUUUAUCCGAUCUUGUCACGAGACGACAUGAACUACCACUAGACGUCGACGUGGACGACAAUUUCCGCCUCGAUACUCUCUUCUCCAGGUUCACGGUCCGCACGGCACAUACUGCGCCUAUAGUGAUCACGAACAGCACACUCAAGGAGUCGAGUGUGUAUGCUGUGACGCCGCUCGCUAGCAGUGACAUCUUGACUGUGCAUAGUGCGAGUUCGGCUUCGCUGCUGUAUAAGAUCACCACGAAAACUAUGGAGAAGAAGCAGAUGAGCAAGCAUGACGCUGCUUUGUCGCUCAGCUUGCGAUAUAUAUCCACUGAAGAGCUGCUCACCGAGAUGAUGCGUGAACGGCUUGCGCUGUCGUUGCAGGAUAGUGAUUAUGGUGCUUUCUCUAGAUUAUUGCUACCGCUUAUGACGCAGCGGUGCAAAGAUCACUUGUCGAAUAUGGACCUGUUCAAGGCUGUUGCGCUGAAUCAGGUCAAGAUGCCGGCGUUCGAAGAUAUUGCUUGGCAUGAGGUUGUGGUGGUUUUGCCUUCCAUGGUGCGUGAUCAGCUGGAUGAGUGGCUGCGAGCAUGGCAUAAGCAACACACAAGUCUGCCUAUCGACUAUAAAAGUCCAAUGGCCCAGAGGCUGCAAAGGUGGAUCACUUUGUCGGUCGAGGUGCCUACGCUUGAUAUGGUGUUCGGCGCUGCGUUAUCACUCGAUAUCGAUCCUGCUGCUGGUGACACUCAUACCUCGAUUACGAAGAUUGGGAAGCCUAUCAAUGCCGAGCUACGAUUGAGACAUAGCAAUGGGUGGUCAGCAGUUAGACUGCUCGGCCAGAAGGUUAGAGGGACGGCUGCUUUGCAGAGCUUCAUUGUCGAUAUUCAGGCCGAUCCGGACACCUGGCUUCUCGGUGGACCACGACGGGUCCGCUUUACACCCAAAGACGACGACGAGCCUACGGUAUUGAAGCUGAUGCUUAUUCCGAUCGCAGUUGGAAGGCAUUCAUUACCAAUCGUCGACAUUCUGCCAGAUCUUGGUAGCAAUGAAGAUGGCAGUGCCAAGGUUGGUGGAGCUGAUGCUGUUAUGUGUGAGACGUAUUACGAAAGCAGUGGGAUGAUUGUAGAGGUUAUUAGAGAUGUGCGGACGACUAAGGUGGUUGUUAUGGACAGUACUGCUGAAGCAAAGCAGGAUGCGAGUACUGGUGAGGCCAUUGGAGAUCACGGGUGA